CUCUCUGGUCUUCUUCUUCGUCUUCUUCUCUCCUAGGGUUAGGGUUUUCUGUGUCCUUUUCGUCUCAGCUUUUGCUUUUUCACUCUCUGAGCUUCAAUGGCACAGCAAGACGUCCAGAACGGAGAAGGCGAGAAGGUCGCGUCAGCUGUUGAGAUCAAGGCGGUGCUGACUCAGCUGGUGGUUCCCAAGGCCGACGACGCUGUUAAGUUCUACAAGGCUGCUUUCGGUGCUGUGGAGCUCGAGCGAUCAACUCACCCCAAGCGCAAGGCAGAGCAAGAGCGCCCGCUUAUCCUCUCUGCUCAGCUCAAGCUCGGCUCCUCCACAUUUCUCGUCUCUGACAACACAUACUUGUUUUUAGCCGAGAUAUUUUAUUUCCAGAUUUUAAGAUGUAUAAUAAUUUAUUUUUGUUCAAACAGCGUGAAUGUUGUGGGUUCUGGUGCCAUUGCUCUCUGGCUUGAGACGCCUGACAUCGGAGCUGCUGUAGCCAAGGCCGUGCUGGCCGGAGCUGUCUCUGAGGGAGAGAUAACAACUGGCGUUUUCUCUGACCCGGAGCAGCCUGUGGGGAAGGUCAGGGACCCUUUCGGCUUUCUCUGGUUCUUCACCAGCCCGGUUGCCAAGAAGGCCGCAGCUGAGUCGGAAGCUCCGGUAACCGUCUGAUCUGAUCUGAAGUUGACCCAAUCUGAUGAAGAUCCACCGUUCUGGUGUAAUCUUUUGGUUUUUGCUUUGGUUUAAUCAAGUUGUGGGACCCUUUUAUCUGGGGAAAUGUGGACCCUUUAGCUGUUAGGUUUAGGCUGAUCCUAGGCGUAGCGUAGCUUGCCUUCAAUAUUUUGAACGAUUAAUCAUGGUCUCGGGUUAUUUUGAACAAAGGAAAUAUGAUAUGAUCAGUAAUAUCUUAUGACUUCUAA